GUACUGUGAAUUUAUCUCUUUGGUUUCUGAGUUUCUGAAGAAGAAACCUCUUUCAAAUUUAGGGUUUCUACAAAAAGGUUCGAUUUUGAACUUGAAGUUAGGGUUUUUAUUUGUUUACUGUGAGUAAUCAAGCAAUGAGGUACUGUGGGAGUGGAAUGCCUUCCAUGGAGGAAGGUUGUGAAUUCGAAAUCUCUUACAAAAAGGAUCCGAGAUCUCUUCGUAUUAUGUCUACAAGUCGAAAUAUCUUAGAAGACAUUUGGUACAAAGCCAUUGUCGUGGCAGAACCUCCCAGGAAUCCCAAAUCUAGACGCAAGGUACUCUGUGUUCGGUUGCUUAAGAAGGACUUUUCGACUACUCUUAACGACCACACCUUCAAAGAAUUGCGUCGACCGAUUCCGCCGAAACAUUUGCUAGAUAGCAUUCCUAUCAAGAUAGGCUCCAUCGUCGAAGCUGAUUAUAAAGAUGCGUGGGUGACUGGUUUUGUGGUCAAAGAGAUUGAUGAUGACAAGUGUUUGGUGUGUUUUGAUUCACCAGUACCUGAUAUUAUUCAGUUUGAGAGAAAGCUUUUGAGGCCUUAUCUUGAGUGGCUCGGUGAGAGGAGAGACCCAGGUUGGUUCAGAACAUCACGGCGUAAUGAAAAGUUCUUGAGGCGGUUGGCUGAGGAGCCUAUGUUUAGUCCCGGAACAAUGGUGGAAGUGAGUUCUAAGAUAAAUGAAACUGAAGUCGUUUGGCUUCCUGCAAUGGUUAUUAAAGAGUUCAAAGCAGAUGAUAAUGAUAAGGAUGAUGAUAAGGAUGAUGAUGAUGAUGAUGAUGAUGAUGAUAGUAAGGAUGAUGAUGAUGAUGAUGAUGAUAAGGAUGAUGAUGAGGACGAUGAUGAUGAAAAGAAUGAUGGUGAUAAGGAUGACAAUAAGGAUGAUGAUGAUAAGGAUGAUGAUAAGGAUGAUGAUGGUGAUGAUUCUGAUGAUGAUGAUGAGUAUAAGUAUAUUGUCAGGGUCUGUGAUAAGUCCUUGAGCUGCAAGAGUAGUAAGUCAGAACCCAACAAAAUCGUUGAUUUUCGUAGUCUUAGGCCUACACCGCCUUCUAUUUCGGUUGAUGAGUAUCAAUCGGAGGAAUACGUAGAGGUGUUUCAUGAUGGUAUGGGAUGGCGUCAAGGACGAGUGAUGGGAACUCUCUCUCAGAAAUUGUAUACAGUGCUUUUAGAGGCUACAAAGAAGGAAUUGGCAUUCAAACACUCGGAUCUUAGGCCUUUGAAGGUUUGGGAAGAUGGCAUUUGGAAGACAAGGGAAUCGCCGUUAACUCAGAAAUCAGGAUAUAAGAUGAGUGAUUCUGUGAUGAAUGCAAAUGAAUCUGAUCCACCUGUAACUCCACCUCCGGGCAUAACUAUAACACCGUUGAAACAAGAAGAGGUUGAAACUCAAAGAAAGACAUCCCCCAAGAAGACACUUCCAAGGAAUCAGAAUGGUUCAGGAAACGAUUCAACACGAGAGAAUGAAAAUAUUGAAGAUGUUAAUCGAAAGAGGAAAAGAGAAGAAAACCUUUGUUCUGUUGCUAGUGCUGAGGAAGACAAAGCAAAGGAUACAAGAAUGGUUUUGCCCUUUGAGAAGAAGUUACGAAUUUGGAAGACACUAGAAUCAAUGGAGGUGUUUAAAACAGUCCCACAAAGUCCUCAUUUCAGCCCAUUGGUGGAGAGUAGAGAAGAUACCCGUGAAAUGUCUGCGGUUGGUAUGAUGCUUACCUUUUCUGGUUUACUUGAUGAAGUCAAAGCUCUGCAACACGACGAUCCCAUAAGCUCAUUCGAUAGCCUUAAUGAUUCCUUUUCCAAGUUAGAGAAACACGGGUUCAAUGUAAAAGUACCUCUGUUACGGCUCAAUAAGCUGUUGUCUCUCAGAGAUAGACAAUCAAAGAAAACAGAGGAACUCAAAGGUGCCGAAAAAGUGACUGCAGAGAAAGAGAGCGUAAAGGCUGAGAACGAGCGCAAGAUUCUUGAGCUGCAGAGGCUGAAUGAGGAGAUGGACAAAGAGAUAGCUCAAAGUAAGUCAUGUGCAACAAAGAUUGUCCAACAGCUUGAUGAUGUGAAGCUUGAGUUUAAGGCAACUGCAUCAGCUCCAUGACGAAAUGGCUCAGUGGUGUUGAAGGUUUUAACCAUGACUGAUGAUAAAACCAAGCAGAAAGCCAUAGAAGCUGCAGCUGAUAUCUUCGGAGUUGAUUCGAUAGCAGCGGAUAUGAAGGAUCAAAAAUUGACGGUGAUCGGUUUGAUGGAUGCGGUUGCGGUGGUAAAGAAGUUGAAGAAGGUUGUUGUUGUACCUGACGUCAUGGCUGAAGAGGAACCAAAGAAGGUGACAGAGACCGUAUCAGAACCAACUCCAACACCGGUGGAGAAACCUGUUGCUGCGGCAGAUGUUACUCCUCAGGAGAAACCUGUUGUUGCUCCUCAGGAGAAACCUGUUGUUGCUCCUCAAGAGAAGCCUGUGGCUCCACCUCCCGUUCUUUCAUCUCCGGCGCCGGCGGAGGAGAAGCUAGAGGACUCCAAGGCUCUUGUUCCCGUUGUCGCUAAGGAAGUAGAGGAAGAGAAGAAAGAAGGAUCAGUUAAUCGAGAUGCUGUUCUGGCUAGAGUUGAGACAGAGAAGAGGAUGUCACUUAUCAAAGCUUGGGAAGAGGCUGAGAAAUGCAAAGUGGAGAACAAAGCUGAAAAGAAGCUUUCUUCAAUUGGGUCAUGGGAGAACAACAAGAAAGCAGCUGUGGAAGCUGAGCUCAAGAAAAUGGAGGAGCAUUUGGAGAAGAAGAAGGCAGAGUAUGUGGAGCUGAUGAAGAACAAAAUAGCUCAAAUUCACAAGGAAGCAGAAGAAAAGAGAGCGAUGAUCGAAGCUAAGCGUGGAGAAGAAGUUCUCAAGGCCGAGGAAUUAGCUGCCAAGUACCGUGCCACUGGAACCGCUCCCAAAAAGCUUUUCGGAUGCAUAUGAUCUAGUCGUCUCAAUGGGAAACACAUGAAUAUGUUGUUGAUGUGAUGACGUUUUUAGUUUGCUUAAUAUGGGAUUAAUUUGGCAACAUAGAAAAUCAUAAGGUCAUAUGCAAACAUUACAUAUUGAUUGGGAUGCGUUUGUUAAUUUAAUUUGUAUUUGUACAACUCUUUUCAUUGAAAGGUUUUUUCUUAGCUUUAUGAAUUGGUAAGUACAAUAAUGUUUAUAUUUUUCU